AUGGAAGAAGACUUACCUGAAAGUGGUUCUGAAACAUUGCAAAUAUCCCAAUCUGGUGAAAUUACACCAGCUGUUUGGAAUGAUUUUGAUCCUGGAGAAUCUGACGUCUCAUUUGGCUUUACAUUGUAA